AUUUCGGAGACAGCUCCCUUCUGCGCUGAGUUUUCCGAUGGGAUAUAUGAACAGCUGUUGUGUCCUCUCGAUCCUGAGCUCUGCAGACUUUCUGAAGCUGAGCUGGCCCACUUGAAAUGUUAUGAGGACGACGUUAUUACCGGCCUUUUAGACCAAAAUUUUCCACUCCCAUACCAAAUCGAAUGUGUCUUGCAGUCAGUGCGCGCACACGUUGCCGGGGGUCAUCGAUGCCUAUCUUAUGGUAGUGCAGAAGAUUCAUGCCCAGAAUUAAUAAAAAAAGAUGGAAAUUAUAAAAUCGUGUAUAAUCCGACGAGAACCACGUUAGAUGCAAGUCCCUACGUGACAUACACUCCUCAGUGUUUGAGUUCAGUACAACGUUGUUUUAUAGUUACUGAAAUGUGGCAAUCGAUACACAUACUUACUAGGGUUGCUAUCCAGUCGUUGCCAGAUGUUGGCACUCAUUCAGCAGUUCCCAAUAUCAAUUCUAAUGAUAGUGGAGAUGUUUGGAGAAGGUUUUGA